UGUGUGUGGGUCAGUCAGUGUGUCACUGUGUGUGUGUGUGGGUCAGUCAGUGUGUCGCUGUGUGUGUGUAGGACCAGUGCUGACCUCUCUGCCUCUGUCCUGGUGCUGGACAGCCAGUGUGGGCCGUGGCCCUGUCGCAGUGACCUCCUGACCUCUCUCUGUCUCUCCCAGGGGGUGGGGGCGCCCCAGCCCUGUCACAGCGGGCACUGCGCUUGAGCCCGGAGCCGCAGGGAUCCCACGUUUCCUCGUCCUGCACCGGCAGCCGGACCAGAGCCCUGGACGCCAGCGAGCGACGAUGAGCCCUCUCCCGCCAAGCUUCCCAGAAUCCCCCGCAGGCUCCGCGAGCAGAGAGCGCACCCCAGCCCGCUCCUGAACCCCGACUCCUGGAUAACUUCCCGGCAGGGAUCGGAGUUGAAAGGGAAGGGAUAGAGAGUCCUGGCCUUCCUGCUGUGUCCUCGGCUUCAGGGACAGACUCCCAGGGGUCCAGCUCCUCCUGUACAAACAGACAGAAAUACGAUUAUAUUUUUUUACAGAUAUAUAUUGAAAGAAUACUUUUUUAAUUCGAGAGCACUUAUAUAGAGAGUUCAUCUUUGGAGCUUUUUUCCCCCUCUUUCAAACUCAACUUUAUAAAUCCACGUUUUGGAGCGGCUGGGGCACAGCAUUGCCAUGGCAACUGCCAGAACAGAGAACCCUGUCUCUGUGGUCGUGGGGCUGGGCAAGCAGAACGGGCAGCUCAGAGGGCAGCCCAAGCCGGCUGCCCCUCAGUCAGGUCCCCCGGGGAAGGCGCCCAGCGCCCUUCACAAGCAUGGAGGAGCCCUGCAGGGCCAGAGCAGCGCUGGGAUCAGGUUCGGAGACGACUGGAAGAAGAGUCUCCACGUGCCUCCUAAAGACACCCGAGUCAAGACAUCGGAUGUCACAGCAACGAAGGGGAAUGAGUUUGAGGAUUACUGUCUGAAGAGGGAGUUGCUGAUGGGAAUAUUUGAGAUGGGCUGGGAGAAGCCAUCACCCAUCCAGCCCCUGUCUCUCCCCCUCUCUAACCCAGCUAUGGUGAUGGUGCCCACUCGGGAGCUGGCCUUGCAGGUCAGUCAGAUCUGUAUCCAGGUCAGCAAGCGCCUCGGGGGGGUCAAGGUCAUGGCGACGACAGGGGGCACCAACCUGCGCGAUGACAUCAUGCGCCUGGACGAAACCGUGCACGUGGUCAUCGCCACGCCCGGCCGCAUACUGGACCUCAUCAGGAAGGGCGUGGCCAAGGUGCAGCACGUUCAGAUGAUGGUGAUGGACGAGGUGAGAGACUUCUCUGGCCUCGUCUCCGAGCUCAGCCGUGUCUGUCUCCUGUUUCCUCAGGAGUACCGCAAUCGCGUGUUUCACGACUUCAGGAACGGGCUGUGCAGGAACCUGGUGUCGACAGACCUGUUCACUCGGGGGAUCGACAUCCAGGCCGUCAACGUCGUCAUCAACUUCGACUUCCCCAAGAGCGCAGAGACCUACCUGCACCGCAUUGGGAGAUCAGGGCGGUUUGGGCACCUGGGUCUGGCCAUCAACCUCAUCACCUCGGAGGACCGGUUCAGCCUGAAGGCCAUCGAGGAGCAGCUGUGCACCGACAUCAAGCCCAUCCCCGCCUCCAUCGACAAGAGUCUGUACGUGGCUGAGUACCACCGCCAGCCGAGCGCCACGGCCCAGGGGGACGGAGAGGGGCACCCCAGCCCCACCCCAGCACUAGAGGACUGAGGGGGAACUCCUGGCUUCUGUGAGAAACAUACGACAUUACUGCUUCUACACACAAACCCAGCCGUUUUCAGCUAGUUUUGUAUUUAUUUUGUAUUUAUUUGUGGGGAUGUGUGCAGGUCCCACCAGUUGCUCAGAUCUUGCCCCUCGGAGAGGACUAUCCUAUCUGGGCUCCACAGACCACACAGGUACUCCCUCCUCUAGACCGCCCACUGCCCCCAGAGACUGGACAUCAUUCCAAAGACCAGUCACUGCCCCAGUCAGCCCAUUUACCUGGCCCUCAACUGACCCCGUUACCCCAGUAACCACCCAUCAGCCAAACCAUUUACCAGUGGAGACCAGCUCUUCUGUGUCCACUGCGGUCCAGUCGUGGUCAUCUUGAGUCCAGGACAGUAACUGGACAGGCGGGGAGCCCCGUGACCCCCUCGACCCGACAGGAAUCUACAUCGUGGGAUUCUCCACUCGGCCCUGUGACCCCCCAGAGACCUGGACUCCCUGUGGAACUGCGGGGUUUGGCGUCUCUGGGUCACCAGGCCACCCCCUGGCUCUUUCCCAAAGGAGCGCGUUCUGUGUGCAGGUUGAUUUCUUUGCCCCUCCCUGUUGGGCCCGGGACCCGGACCCGUGACGUCGCCCCGGGCAGCGAGAGCCCGGCGGACCACCCGGGACUGGGGUCUGUCUGCAGGGCAGGGAGAGGGUUCGUCUCUCCCUCCCUCUGCCCCUCGGUCUGUGUUUCCGUCUCCUUUCUCUGCCACUUGCUCAGCCCUUGCGCCUGUCUCUCG